AAACUCGCAACUGCAUCUCAGCCUCACUCCGCCAUCGAGCAACUAAUCCGGAGCUAGCUGCUUGCUACUAGGUGACAGCUCGGCCUGAUUGGACUGCCUGAGCAUCUCGUGAAUUGCAAUCUGGGUGACCUUCUUGCAGUCUGGUCCUGGACCGCAUUGAGGUUGCCUGAAGGGACUCGUGUGUCUGUGCUCGCUCAUUUCUCUCUGCCUGCUGUCACUCGCUUCGCCAGUUCCUUGUUUUUUUCUUCUCUUUACCCCAUAGAAUGAUUUCCUCGUCGGACGACCUUGUUGUUGCUACCCACCUCUGCCUCUGCCUCUGCCUAUGUUGACGCUUCACCUGCGGUCGCUUGCCUCCGAGCUUGGGCUGGCCACUCGCCACGGCGACAUCCAAUGGCCAGCCGUCGCGGGCUGGGUCGGUCUGGUCUGGUAUACGACCGUGACGCUGGUCUGCUCGCUGGGCACUUAUCAGAUAUGGAAACACUGCCUCCAGAAACCCCAUAAAUCCACCACCUCUGCUACCACCACCCCCAACGAUGCCCCUCACAUCACCGCAAUCCGCCCGGUCAAGGGCCUCGAGCCGCACCUCUACGAAUGCCUGGCCUCGACCUUCCGCCAGGACUACCCCCGCGACAAGCUGACCGUCUACUUCUGCAUCUCCACGAAGACCGACCCCGCCUACCCGACUCUCCAGAAACUGGUGGCGGAUUUCCCCCACGCCGACGCGCGGAUCUUCGUUGAGGACGACGAUCCGCUCCUUCAGCAGCAGCAUUCCGGUAAUGUUGCUCCCGCUUACGAGCUGGGUCCCAACCCGAAGAUCCGGAAUAUGAGUCGGGCCUACCGGGAAGCCAAGGGCGAUAUCGUGUGGAUUAUUGAUUGCAAUGUCUGGGUGGGGAAGGGGGUGUGUGGCCGGAUGGUGGAUAAACUGUGCGGAACAACCGCCGGCGGCGGCAAACGGUACAAGUUCGUUCAUCACCUACCUGUCGCGGUGGAUGUGACGGGAUCGGAAGGUCUGAGGAGGAGAAGGGGAGGGGAGCAAGAGGCGCUGCUUGAGUCCUACACGAACGGCGGGGAUGAUGAUGUUGCUGCUGGGGACGUCGCCGCCGCCGGGCCUCUGACGACCGGGGGUGGCCGGCUGGAGGAGCUGUUCCUGUCGUCGUCGCAUGCGAAAAUGUACACCGCCAUCAACACCGUGCUCAUCGCCCCCUGCAUCGUGGGCAAGUCUAACAUGUUCCGCCGCUCGCAUCUGGACUACCUGACCGCCGCACCACCGUCGGCCGCCGCGGAUCGGCGACGACGACGCAACCCGGGCAUCGACUAUUUCUCCGACAACAUCUGCGAGGAUCACCUGAUCGGGGACCUGCUGUGGAAGAGUGCGGUGCGCGAGGAGAAGGAGCUGGGUCAGCGGUGGGGCAAGCACGCGAUGGUGUUUGGGGACCUGGCCUUCCAGCCCGUGGCCAACAUGAGCGUGCAGUCGUACGUGGCCCGCCGGGUGCGGUGGCUCCGGGUGCGCAAGUUCACCGUGCUGCUGGCGACGCUGGUCGAGCCAGGCACAGAAUCGAUCCUGUGCUCGUGCUACGGCGCGUGGGGGGUCACGACGGCGCUGGCGCAAUUCCUGGGCCGGAAGGGGUACCCCGCGGCCGAGGCGCUGCUGGCCACCUGGCCCGCGUUCUGGGCGUGCUUCGGGCUGAGCAUGCUCGGUUGGAUCCUCACCGACUGGCUCGUCUAUCUCAUGCUGCAUUCGGGCCGCACCGUCGAGCUCGACGAGGAUACCCCGUCCUUCGCGCGGCCGCCCUCCCAGGGCAACAUCACCCGUCGUCCGUUCCUGCAUUGGCUGGCCGCCUGGCUGGGGCGCGAGUUGCUGGCGUUGCCGAUCUGGGUCUGGGCGUUUUACGGAGGGGUCACCGUGACCUGGCGGGACCGUCGAUUCCGGGUCGGCCUCGACAUGCGGGUGCGCGAGAUUGUCGAUGGCGGUGCCACGACGAGCACGAUACCGGGUCUCUCGUCGUUACGAUCCAGCCCGUCGGCUGCGUCGCAGGAUCGAAACAAGACACGACGAGAUUGAUGGAACCUGACGGCAUGAUUUGCGCGCCUAUCUACCUACCGGCCUGCUUCUCUUCUACUUCCCACAUGCAUUGACGACAACACAAAGUUACGGUCCGCAAGACAUUAGACGAAACAAAAGAGAGACAUUUCAAAGCACAAGUAUCGACAGCGUCACCCAAAUGAACAUUUUCCCCACUGUAUAAAAUAGAUGAUACCAAAAAAAGAACUCUAUACAACAAGACCAAACAAAGGACCCUAGGAAUAACCACACAAAAGAAUCAAAUACAACAAAACACCAUGUAAGCAUUUCAUGAGGAG